GAUUAAAACUUCCGUUCGACACGAAAGCAGAAAGAUGGACUACUUGAGGAAUAUUAUGGGGGCCCCUCAAGGGGGUGUCCAGCCUACUGGAGCAGAAACGGUAUCAUAUAAUGUUGAACGUUUAGUUGACAGAACUCAGUCUUCUACUUUAUUAGAUGAUAGAAGAGAUGCCGUUCGGGGGCUAAAAGCUCUUUCAAAGAAAUAUCGAUUAGAAGUUGGAACACAAGCUAUGGAUUGUUUGACAAAAGUUUUAGAAACUGACAGAGGAGAUGCUGAGAUAAUGGGAUUAGCUUUAGAUACAUUGUGUAAUGUUAUGUCCGAUGAACCAACAGAGGAAGAAGAUUUAAACCCAGUUAAUGAGAUGAAUGGAGAUCUUGGUGCAAACUUUACAGAAAUAUACAUCAAGAAUCCAGAAAAUGUUUCUCUGUUACUGUCAUUAUUAGAGGAAUAUGACUUCCAUGUAAGAUGGCCUACAGUGAAGUUAUUGACAAUAUUAUUGACUAAUAAAGGAAAGGGGAUACAAGAAUGUAUUUUAGUCAGCCCGAUGGGGGUAUCCAAAUUAAUGGACUUAUUAUCAGAUAGUAGAGAAAUUAUUAGAAAUGAUGCAUUAUUGUUAUUAAUCCAGUUAACUAAAGGCAAUGCUAAUAUACAGAAGAUUGUAGCAUUUGAAAAUGCGUUUGAAAGAUUGUUAGAUAUUAUACAAGAUGAGGGUAAUAGUGAUGGUGGUAUAGUUGUUGAAGAUUGUCUGUUAUUAUUAUUAAAUCUAUUAAAGAAUAACUCGUCAAACCAAAACUUCUUUAAAGAAGGCAGCUAUAUACAGAAGAUAACCCCUUAUUUUGAUUUGAACUCUGACCCACAGAGGUCACAGGGUGGUUGGUCAGCUCAGAAAGUUACCAAUCUUCACCUCAUGUUACAAUUGGUUAGAACUAUGGUUUCCCCUAACAACGCUCAACAGCAGACAACUUCCUGUCAGAAAUCUCUUAAUUAUUGUGGUUUACUACAGAAGUUAUGUUCUAUUUUAAUGGCUAGUGGUGUUCCAGCAGAUGUCCUUACAGAGACGAUAAAUACUGUAUCCGAAGCAAUACGCGGAAAUCCAACCAACCAGGAAUAUUUUGCCUCAGUUUUAGCUCCCUCCAAUCCUCCCAGGCCAGCUAUUGUUGUAUUGUUGAUGUCCAUGGUUAAUGAGAAACAGCCAUUUGUCCUGCGUUGUGCCGUUUUAUAUUGUUUUCAAUCUUUUCUGUAUAAAAAUGAAGUGGGUCAAUCCCAGAUUGUACAAACUCUUUUACCUACAACAGCAGACGUCAAUACAAUAACAGCUGGUCAGUUGUUAUGUGGUGGGUUAUUUAGUAGUGAUUCUCUAUCCAAUUGGUUCGCAGCAGUAGCCAUGUUACAUGCUAUAUUAGAGAACAGAACACAGAAAGAACAGUUAUUACGUGUACAGUUAGCAACAAGUCUUGGUAAUCCACCAGUUUCACUAUUACAACAAUGUUGUAAUAUUUUAGCACAGGGUGGUAAAUUACAGACACGUAUAGGUUUAUUGAUGUUGAUGUGUGGUUGGUUAAGUGAUUGUUCAAUAGCAGUAACACAUUUUCUAUCUAACACAGCUAAUGUGCCUUUUUUAAUAUCACAAGUGUCGGCAUCAGAAGGUGAUGAACAGGAAUUAUUAGUACAAGGUUUAUGUGCGUUUUUAUUAGGAAUAUGUAUGUUAUAUAAUGAUGAUCAGUCAGAUACAUUUACCAAAGCCUCAUUAAAACAAGUUAUAGAGAACAGAAUUGGUUUAGAAACUUUUAACGAUAAAUUAUCACAGAUAUUAAAAAAUGAAAGUUAUACCCGUGCAGCAAAAAAACCUAACCUACAUUAUAAACAGUCCAGUGAAGUUAUAUUUGAUUACGCUUUUACCAGAAUAUUUAAAACAUUAGAAAAUGAAGUAUUAAAAUCUGUAUCCUAUGAUGAGAAUUCACCAGAUCAUAAGAAGAAACUUGCUAGUCUUAAAGAACAUGAGAGUAUUGUAGAUCAAUAUAAAGAAUUUAUUAAAGAACAGGAUGCGAGAUUAAAUGCCGCUAAUCAAGAAUUAGAAUCACUUAACUCAACACAUACAGAAACACUCAAACAAAUAGAAGAAUUCAAAAAUACUGUACAACAACUAAAAGACCAAAAUGCUUUAUUAAAAGUUCAAAAAGGUGCUAGAGGAUCCCCAUCAUUACCAGAAUCGACAACCGAUGACACAACAUCUUUACUCUCAAAAGAAAUUGAGAAUUUAAAAUCAGAAUUAAAUGAUAAAAAUAAACAAAUUGAUAAAUUAAAAAAUGAUCUCACACAAGCAGAAGUACAAAUUUUAUCGCAGGAAAAUGGCGACGAAAAUAAAGAGAAUAAUCCAAAUGAAGCAGCCGUUGUUCAAGCUACAUUACAGAAAAUGAACACAGAUUUAGAAAGGUCGUUAGCUGAUCGUGAUAAUGAGAUAUCUAGACUACAAGAUUUGUUACAGGGCUGUAAAAAGGAAGUAGAACAAAUAAGAAGUCAACAAUCACAAGGUAACAAUAUAACUACAGAUGGUGAUUCACAACAAAAACUUCAAUCAUUAAAAGAUGAACUUAAAAAAAUAACAGAAGAAAAAACAUCGCUACAAGACAGAGUGACAAAAUCUAACGAAGAAAAUUUAAAAACGCUGGAUAGAAUACGAAAAUUAGAAACAGAAAAAGAAGAGAUAUUAGUGGAGAAACGAAAUGUUGAGGAAGAAUUAGAUGUAUUAAAGAAAGAACAAGAUGAUUUAUUGGUAUUAUUAGCUGAUCAAGAAGCUAAAAUAGAUAAAUAUAAAACCAUGUUAAAAGAUCUAGGUCAAGAUGUUAAAGAUGAUGAUGAUGAUGAUGAUGAUUUGGAUGAUGAUGAUGAUGAUGAUGAUGGGGAUGAUUAAGAAAUAUCAAAUACUUGCUAGUAAACCAAUUAUUUAUUAAAUGGAAUUAUUUGGUUGAUUCGGGAUGAACAUGAAUACACAGGGUUAAUCACAAUAUACCAAAAUCAUUCAAUGCUAAGUCGGUGAUUUUAUAGUUGUGAUAGGUUGAACGAUGUUAAAGAGGGUACAGAGGUAUUCCGUAAAGUUGAAUACCUUCUUUAUUGGACUUUUAUAAAUAAAAUCCUAUGGUAGAAUGAAGAUGGGAACAUGCAUUUUGAUAAACAUAUGAAAAUUAUUGUAGAUAAAAAUCAUCAUGAAGCAGUUUGCGCUUUUUGUGAAUCCAUUUUGUAGGGAGAGAUCAUUCACCAUCACUUCAACUCUGUGUGCCUAUAGAACAUCAAUGAUUUUUUAGCAUUAUUGUUGAAUUUAUUUUGAAGGUUGUUUUUUGUAAUGGUUUGUUUUUACUGUAAAAUUAAAUAUAGAAAGACCUUCAUGAAGAAAUGACUAGCUUGUACCUAAAAUAUAGCAUAGCAUAAUUGUUAUUAUGGCGGUGCUAAAUCAUUAAAUGUCAGUCACUGUAAGGUCUUUAAUUCUAUAUUUAUCUUUUGUUCCGUCAUGUUUGGGUCUUCGGGAGUAGAAGUCAGAGCUUGAGAGAUAGCAAUUUACUCAUGUAUGCAAGAUUAUUAGUUAAAAUUUCAAAAUAGAGAAUUAAAUAGUGUUGUUAUGUUUGAUUUGUGUGGUUUAGUUUUCUUUUUAUUUUGUUAACUUAUAUUUUGACAAUUGUCCACUUGUUUAUGGUUAAACUUUUGUUUUAGCACAGACAAUACUAUUACUGUGUAUUCUUAUUAAUAUGAAUAUUCAUGACCUUUGAAUAAAUGAAUAAUAAUGAGUUGCAUGUGUGGACAGCCGCAGACUUUUUUUUGUCUUGGUAAAGCAUGUAGUUGUCUUCUGUAUAUCUGAAGUGAUAACAUUUAAUGGGGUAUGUGGAAUGCUAACAUAUUUUUCACCCAGUUCCUGUGAAGUGUCCGUGAUACUUGCCAAGUUAUCUCUGAUUGCCCAAAAUUGUCCCGAGAUUCUAAUUACACUAUUUUUUCUGUUGGGACUGACGGUACUUUGUUCUCCCGCCCGCAUGUCACUUGUUUGAAAUUCUGUUAAUUCAAAGCAUUCUAGAACCAAAGUUGAGUUGUCCCACUGUUUAUUUUUAGUACAGUACUUUGUUUUAGAAGGACACAAGUCAAAUUUUUUGAGACUUUAGACGAGACUUUACUUUAGUUAAAUAUGAUUAGAAUUGUUUGUUUGUGUUAUUUUUGUGUGUGAAGCUUUUAUAAAAGCACCUGUUGUAGUUUAAUUAGUAAUUAGAUGUAAAUAUUCCAUAUGCUAUGGUAGAAAAAUAUUUUCCUUAUAAUUUAAUGGUUAGAAGAAUGUUGCUGUUUUAAAACACUUUAGCACUUGGUACAUGUAAAUAUUGACUACCGUUAUAUUCAUACUGGUAGAUCCCAGGAUAGCCGAUAUCUUCUGAAACUACUGCUCCCUGUACCGCUUCAAACGCCUAAAAGGAGUAAUAUGAAUAGCUCUCUGUAUUGUAGAACUGUAUACUAGUUUAAGUACUUGUUUUAGGUGUCCCAAGUGUUAAAGGGGGUUAAAUAUGUUGUUUUGUAUAUUGGUGUAAAUAAGUGUGGUGUUAAUUCAUACUUGAUGACCUUUGUUUAAACCGAGUAAAAUCUGGGUAUAUAAUAAGAUGUCAUAAGUUAGUAAUAUAAAAUAUAUUAUGUAAGAAGUUAUUUAUCUCAUUGUUUGAUAAUGUAAAUAAACCUAAUGUUAUGUUAAACAUUCAUUUGUUAGCAUUUAAAACCCAUUGAAUUAAGCUAGACAUAAAUAUAAAAGGCUAAGUCAUGUCGAUUUUGAGCUCUUCUGGGUCUUGAAUGAGGUUUUGUUCAAAAUUUCAGUUUUAAAAAUUAGAACUAAGAGUGUUUGAGAAAAGCAUCCAAAUACUUUUUUUUUUUAAAUUAUUUUUAUCCCUAAGAAAUAGGAAGCAAAAUUUUAGGCGUUUCUGAAGAAUUUUAAAUUGGUACAACAAGUAAUGGUCAAUAGAUUUCUACUUAUACCUAUAUGAGGGAAAAUAUGUAUAUAUGAUACAUUAUCAAUAUCUGAAGACACCUAUAGAGGGCAGAUAGCUAGCCAAUAUGAUUUAAUGUAUGUCAGAAUGACGUAAAGUGGAGAAUUUUUUUUACCUGGUCAUAUUUUUUAUUUAUUUAUGUAUAUAAAAAUAUUACCAGAAUAUAGUGCAGUAUUUUAUGUGGUCUUACUGAGAAAGUCUAUUGUCAAAAUUGUUUGGGAAUUCCAGCCUCCCCAAGACCUGGCAAUAGAUUCUACCAGUUAUAUUAUGUCUAUCAUCACCUUUUUGAAGCAUAGAUUCAUCUAAUAUUUUGAUUCAGAAUUGAAUAUUUUUAUCACAGAACACUGUAAUAUACAGGAUUGAAUUUUGUCAAUCAAGUGUAUAAUAUCUUUGAUUUGUGUUAACAUGAGUUGAAUACUAAAUUUUCUAACUUGUUGUUUAUUAUUAUAAUAAUAUUCUUCAACAUCUGAUUGUUUCAAGUCGCACAAGUAUCAGUUGUUUCAUAAAGAUAUAUCACAGCAAAUGUUAUUUGUUUGAAGAAGAUGAAACAGAAUUCUAUCAAAUUUAUUCAUAGAACAUAGAUUUAAUCCUUAAGGUUGCAAAAAUACAAGUAGAGUAUAUUGGAUUUGGUACUCUUCACCUUCCAUUUCACAUUUGAUAUAAGGGACUAAAAUCAGUCUGCCAUUAGUUUAAUGUAUAUAUGUAGCUACUAAUUUUAUUAUAAAGAUGGAUACAUUAUAAAUAAAGAUUAUUUUCUAUUGAUAACAA